AUGGCCAACGUCCAGUACAUCGCCACGGGCGACAACGACGUCAUCUACAACAAAUUCACCGAGCGCCGCAAAAUGGUCAUUGUAGCCGUAGUCUCGUUUUGCAGUUUCCUGGCCCCGAUCUCCAGUACCACGGUGCUUUCUGCUGUUCCUGAAGUUGCGGAGACGUUUGACACGGAUGGCAGUAUUAUCAAUGUGUCGAACGCUUUGUACAUGCUUUUCAUGGGCUUGUCGCCAUGUUUCUACGGUCCGUAUGGGAAUAUAUAUGGCAGGAAGUGGGUUAGUGUUACCGAACGCGCAACAGCCCUAGGCUGGUUCCUCAGCGGCACCCUCAUCGGCCCCGCCCUCGGCCCCUUCAUCGGCGGCAUCAUCGUAACAUUCCGUUCCUGGCGCGACAUCUUCUGGCUGCAAACCGCCCUGGCCGGUGCCGCAACCCUCUUCUGCUUCUUCCUGCAACCCGAAACCAUCCACAAGAAGCGCGCCGAUGAACUCGUCGGCCUCCCCACUAAACAACGCGCACACAAAAUGUGGCAAUGGCUAAACCCUUUCCGCGUCGUCAAACUAUACCGGUAUCCCAAUAUCCUCUUAACGGCACUGGCGAGUAGCAGUCUGGUGUGGAACAUGUACUCCCUCCUAACACCCAUCCGCUACGUCCUAAACCCCCGCUUCAACCUCCAAUCCCCCCUCCAAUCCGGCCUCUUCUACAUCGCCCCCGGCUGCGGCUACCUCCUCGGCACCUUCUUCGGCGGCCGCUACGCCGACCACAUCGUCAAGAAAUACAUCCAGCGCCGCGGCCACCGCGUCUCCGAAGACAGACUCCGGUCCUGCGUCUUCUUCCUCGGCGGCGUCAUACCCGCUUGCAUGCUCGUCUACGGGUGGAGCGUCGAGAAAAGGGUUGGAGGCAUCGCGCUGCCUGUUGUUAUGAUGUUUCUGCAGGGUGUGGCGCAGCUGUUUUGUUUUCCGUCAUUGAAUACGUAUUGUUUGGAUGUUAUGCAGGGGAGGAGUGCGGAGGUUGUGGCGGGGAAUUAUUUUAUGCGGUAUAUGUUUGCGGCGGCGGGGAGUGCGGCGUGUUUGCCGGCUGUGAGGGCGAUUGGCGUGGGUUGGUUUUCGACCAUCAGCGCGGGCUUUUUGGUGGCGGGAGCGGGCGCCACGUGGUUGACGGCGGUUAAGGGGAGGGAGUGGAGGGAGGGGAUUGAGGAGAGGAAGGCGCAGAGGAAGGACGUUGCGUUGGCUUAG